GGGCUGUCAAUUGAGACGCGGCGCGCGUGACUGACGCCUGGGGCGCGCGGUACUUAAAGGGCGCCGGCAGCCAUCCGGUUUUCCUUCCUCGUCUUCCCCCCUUGACCGGCUAGGAGACGACUGAGUUGACGACUUCAAGACCGUCCAUCAACGUCCACCUCGUCCCCCACGUCCCCCUAUCACGAUGUCCACGUCCCUCAAAAAGAACAACGCGUCCACGACGACCUCACCGGUGUCCGAGGAGCGGGUCUCGUCUCCUCGCCGGACGACGCCGCUGAGACUUCCGCUGCUCGUCUCGUUGUUCUUGUCGUUUGUGUUCGGUAUUGUUGGGCUCGCGCUUGCUGUCGAUGCCCUGGAGAAGUCGGAUGAUGAGAAGGCCGCAGUGAAAGCGGCGGCGCCUACGGGCACCACCGUCAAGGUCGAUUUCACAGACAUCCUCAACGCCGGUAUCGCUGUCACGGUUGCUUGUGGCCUCACCGCCGCCCUCUCGCUCCUCUCCAUGAUCGCGAUCGCGCUGCCCAAGCUCAGGUCGCUUCCCCAGCGCCUUGUUGCCCCACUCUUCUUCUUCUGCGCCACCUUCAUCUUCGCCUCGCUAGUGCCCUUCGACGUCUUCUACGCGAACCGCAGCGCGAAGGUUACCGCGCACAUCGGCAGCAUCACCGUCCCGCCAUCGGUCGUCCAGCAGAUCCAACAAGCUGCGGGCCUUUCGCCUGUUUACAAAGACAAGCUCUACCUGCGCGUGGUGGCAAUCGUGCCCUGGUUUGCAUUCCUAUUCGCCCUGACCUCUGGGGCGCUCAUCCUUCUGUCGCGCUCCAAGGAGCGUCGGGGCGAUGCUGAGAAGCUGUAGCAUAUCAAAGAGAUUAUCACGGGCUUCCUGUUGUCUUACUAUACCGCGCGUACAUGCACGAAGGAGGGUCAUGGGGUCGAAUACUGUAUUGUCUGCACACGCAAUCUGCGUCUAUAUCUGCAUGCGUGGUUGAUCGGCUGCCGCGG